GAGUUGAUUUCUUGUCACAUGUGAUAGCAAAUAUCUUAGUUCGUUGAAAAAUGUAUAUGGUAGAGAGUAAAGGAGGUGCCAUAGUAUGCAUGCUUCUUUCCCUCUUCUUCUUAGGGACAUGGCCUGCUGUGAUGACUCUAUUGGAAAGAAGAGGUCGUCUUCCUCAACACACAUAUCUUGAUUACACAAUCACCAAUCUCUUGGCUGCUGUUAUCAUUGCUUUCACUUUUGGUCAAAUUGGCACUGAUCAUCCAAACUUCUUGCCUCAGCUUUCUCAGGAUAACUUGCCUUCUGUUCUGUUUGCCAUGGCUGGAGGGGUUGUCCUCAGCAUUGGAAAUUUAUCUACUCAGUAUGCUUGGGCAUUUGUUGGUUUAUCAGUUGUUGAAGUUAUCACAUCAAGCAUAACUGUUGUUAUAGGAACAACCUUAAAUUACUUUUUGGAUGACAGAAUCAAUAAAGCUGAGAUUCUUUUCCCAGGAGUUGGUUGCUUUUUGAUAGCAGUUUGUCUAGGCUCUGCAGUUCAUUCGUCUAAUACUGCUGACAAUCAAGCUAAGCUCAAGGAUUUUUCAAAUGAUCACAAAAAUGCAACUCAGGGCACUAGUUUAUCCACUUUGAAAGAAGCAAGUGAAGUUGAUUCAAAGGAUCUAGAGAAUGGAAGUGAUUCUGCAUACAAAGCCAAAGCAGGAACUGCACAUUUUCUUAUAGAACUUGAGAAAAGAAGAUCCAUUAAGGUGUUUGGAAAGAGCACUUUCAUUGGGUUGACUAUAACUUUCUUUGCAGGAGUUUGCUUUUCUUUAUUCUCACCAGCAUUCAAUUUGGCAACAAAUGAUCAGUGGCACACUUUAAACAAAGGGGUUCCUCAUUUGAGUGUUUAUACUGCCUUCUUUUAUUUCUCAGUCUCUUGUUUUGUUGUUGCCAUCAUUCUAAACAUCACAUUUCUUUACUACCCUGUAUUGAACUUACCUAAGUCAUCAUUUAAGGCUUAUUUGGGAGACUGGAAUGGAAGAGGUUGGGCCUUGUUGGCUGGUCUCCUAUGUGGAUUUGGGAAUGGACUUCAAUUUAUGGGUGGUCAAGCUGCUGGAUAUGCAGCAGCAGAUGCUGUUCAAGCACUUCCACUUGUGAGCACUUUUUGGGGGGUGGUUUUAUUUGGAGAGUAUAGAAAAUCAUCAAAGAGAACAUAUACAUUACUUGGGAGCAUGUUGCUUAUGUUCAUUGCAGCUGUGGCUAUUCUCAUGGCAUCAUCUGGCCACCGAAAAUGAUCAUGAUGCUUAAAGGAAAAUGUUCAUAAAGUUUUAAAUGUGUUGAAAAAAAUGGUUUUAACUAGUACAAUAUAUUGUAUUAGGAAAAUCAAAAAAGUGUUCUCAACAUGAUUAGAUACACAAAUUUGUGGUGUAAGCCAAGAAAGUAAACUAGGAAGAAACGGCAUUAUAAAAUUUGUAGCAACACUUGUGUUAAUAUACUUGUACCAAAUGUCUUAUAAAUCAUGAUUGUCCAUGUUUCCCCUU